GAUGAACUCCCUAUGGACAUGUUGUUAGGUAUGUACUACCUCUCUGUGGCACAGCCCCAAUUUUAUUGGGACCGGAAAGUGGUCAAACACACUUUGCCAAGUGGAGGGACCACCAGAUUGCACAAGUUUAAAGCUAGUAGUCUGAUCGAGUCUCAUGGAUGCAUGUGUGCGGCCGCGUUCUAUAACUAUUAUAAGCAAAAUCAGGAGGAGGGUAUGUACUUAGUUUAUGUCUCUGCUGCAAGCAAGCCGGUGAAAAUGUCGCCGGAGAUAGAGGGAGUAGUUGCCAAGUACCCUGAUCUAUUUGAAGAGCCGGCAGGGGUUGUAGAGAGGGAGGUCGUCCACGCAAUAGAGAUUUUCCCAGGGUCUAGCAUCCCGAAGGGUAAGAUCUAUCGGAUGUCUCCAGGCGAGCUCGAUGAGCUUCGCCGACAGCUCAAGGAACUCGUAGAGAAGGGUUGGAUCCGGCCGAGUGUCUCUCCUUAUGGAUCUCCAGUACUAUUCGUACCUAAGAAGAAGGAGGGUACACUUAGGAUGACUGAUCAUCAGACCCUGAGAUGGAUGAGAACUCAGCCGGUACUCUCUGACGCUCUCAAGCGUUGGAUCGAAGUCAUAGAGCAGUAUGACUUCGAGCCCCAGUACAUCAAGGGCGAGUACAACAAGGUUGUUGAUGCCUUGUCGCGUAGACCUGAUUUCUCAGGUGCGCUGAUCACUGAGUUUGGGCUUGAGGACAAUGUUACUAAGUCGUUGGUGGAAGCCUAUCGUAAGGAUCCGUUCAUGUCCGAGAUCAUCCGCAGACUCGAAGCGAAGGAUAAAGUGACUUCUGCUGAGUUUGAGUUGGUCAACGGCUCGCUGUUCCUCGAGAAGGCUGGGAAUAAACAUUUGUGUGUCCCGAAUAGCGAGUCUUUGCGUAGUUUGUUUUUAGGAGAGUGCCAUGAUGCCACCGGCCAUUUUGGGUACAAGAAGACCGCAACUAAUCUGCUGCAGCAGUUCUGGUGGCCCACGAUGAUGCGAGAUGCCCAGCUUCUGUCCAUGGACUUCAUGGAUACUCUGAUCACCAGCAAGAGUGGGAUGCGACACAUCUUCGUCAUCGUGGAUAGAUUUAGUAAGUAUGCUAGGUUAGUAGCAAUGCCGGAAACAGCAAGGACGGAGUAUGUAAUCAGAAUGUUCAAGGAGAAAUGGGUUAGGGACUUUGGGUUACCGAAGUCUAUUAUUAGUGACAGGGAUGUCCGAUUUACCAGCGAAAUGUGGAAGGCCGCUGCUGCAGAGCAGGGAACCCAGUUGCAAAUGACUUCUGGGAAUCACCCGGAGGCCAACGACCAGGCCGAGCGACUGAACCACGUUGUACAACACCUGUUGAGGCAUUACAUCAAGCCCAACCAGGUAGACUGGGAUGAGAAGCUUGCACUCAUCGCCAGUCUGUAUAACAAUGCGGUACACAGUGCGACCGGGGUGAGCCUGAAUAGUUUGCUACUGACUUUCAAGCCUAGACUACCCUUAGAUUUUCUCCUUUCCGAGAAUCAGUCGACUGCUGCACCAGAUACGUUAGAGUUUGCUUACCGCUACGAACAGAAGAUGCAACAGGCUGUAGAACAGAUGCAAAAGGCACAGGCGGCUAUGAUAGAAUCUGCGAACAAACACCGCCGUGAGUCUUCAUUUCAGGUUGGGGACAGAGUCUGGGUUAAGUCCUCAGAACUGGGACAGGAGCACGGGAUCUCCCGCAAGCUCAUGCCACAGUACUUUGGACCUUGGGAAGUUUUAGACAUCGUUGGGACAGAUCCGGAUGGGCCAUCUUAUGUUAUCCGGAUCCCUUGUCAUCUCCGUACUUACCCUGCCUUUCACGCCUCCAAGCUGGCACCUUUCAAAGAGACUGAUCAAUUUCCAUCUCGUCGCUCAAUGCUGCCCCCAACCAUGGACGGAGAGGUGGACAUCGAUGACAUCGUGGAUCACAGAGAGCUGCCGGUAUCAAGACCAGCAGGCAGGGGACGUCCUCCGAAACCGAAGCUGCAGUACCGCGUUCGGUUCCGGCAUCACACUGAUCCGAAGGAGGACCGCUGGUUCACCAGGGAGGAACUCAUGCAGACCGCUCCUCAAGUUGUAGCCCAAUACGAGAGAUCUCUGCAGAAGGGAAAGGGCCCCAUGGUUGAAGACUGAGCUUCUCAGAAGACUAUUGAAGCUAAGGAGGAGGGAAUGCGAGGCCACUGCCUCUAUGAGCCCCAAUCGGC